UUUAAAAGACGACGCCGACACGCUCGUUUGUUGUGACGGCUGGGAGGGAAGAGAAGAUGCGAUAUUAAGUGUUUAACUCGACUUAAACUGAAGGAUACAUUGUCGUUAAUCAUCUCGGAGAAAGACACAAUGUACAUGUUUGUCCGGAUAUGGCUUCUCCUCCUGGUUCUCCACUCUCUGGUAGUCGCUGUUGGGGCAAGAACAGAGAGGAGAAAUGUCCUUUUCAUCAUGGCAGAUGAUUUGCGGACAUCACUGGGCUGCUACGGGGACCCUGUGGUCAAAUCCCCAAACAUUGACCAGCUGGCAUCCAAAAGCCAAGUUUUUCUCAAUGCGUAUGCACAGCAAGCUGUGUGUGCUCCCAGUCGCACGUCCAUGUUGACGAGUCGCAGACCAGACACCACCAGGCUCUACGACUUCAAUUCCUACUGGAGAGUCCAUUCUGGGAACUACACGACCAUGCCACAGUACUUUAAGUCCAGAGGGUACUACACCAUGUCUGUGGGCAAAGUGUUUCAUCCAGGUAUUGCCUCUAACCACACUGAUGACUACCCCUACAGCUGGUCCAUCCCCGCCUACCACCCAGCUUCAUUUAGAUUUGAGAAAGAAAAGAUGUGUAAAGGAGAGGAUGGUAAACUUCAUGCCAACUUACUGUGUGCAGUGAACGUGACCGAACAGCCCGGGGGAACCCUCCCCGACAUGGAGAGCACAGACGAGGCCGUGAGGUUACUGAAGAGUCGAGCCAACGACGACGUCCCUUUCUUCUUGGCUGUGGGCUUUCACAAACCACACAUACCCUUCAGGAUACCACAGGAGUACCUGAGCCUGUAUCCCAUAGACCAAAUGACUCUGGCUCCUGACCCCAAUGUCCCUAAACUUCUUCCACCUGUGGCCUACAACCCCUGGAUGGACGUGAGGAAGAGAGACGACGUCCAAAAACUCAACGUCAGCUUCCCAUAUGGACCAAUUCCUAAAGACUUCCAGCUGCGUGUCCGUCAGCACUACUACGCUGCCGUCUCUUAUAUGGACGCUCAAGUUGGUCGCUUGCUCAGUGCUCUGGGUGAGCUGGGGCUGGCUGACAGCACUAUGGUGGUGUUCACCUCAGAUCAUGGUUGGUCGUUAGGAGAACACGGCGAAUGGGCUAAAUACUCUAAUUUUGAUGUGACAACACGCGUCCCUCUAAUCUUCUACGUUCCUGGCGUCACCACAAUCGACGACUGGCUGGGAGAGUCUACCUUUCCCUUUGUUGAUGUCCUCACACAAUCAGAGCUCAGCUUUAAGAAUGACAAAGUAAGAAGAAAUGUGGUGGAGCUGGUGGAUGUUUUUCCUACCGUCUCGUACAUGGCUGGCCUCAGAGCACCUGAACCCUGUCCUGAUAUUUCUUUCCAGGAGAAGUUGUGUACAGAAGGAGACAACUUGGCCCACACCUUCCGACACAGAGAACGAGGAAAGGACGCGGAAGCCAUAUCUUUCAGCCAGUACCCUCGACCUGCGGAUACGCCACAGGUGAACUCUGACCUCCCUGACCUUAAAGAUAUAAAGGUCAUGGGCUACUCUCUGCGCUCCUGGGACUAUAGAUACACUCUCUGGCUGGGAUUCAACCCUCAAACAUUUCAGGUGAAUGUGUCCGAUGUCCACGCUGGAGAGUUGUACAUGUUAGCAGGCGACCCUGGGCAGGAUGAGAACGUCUAUAGUGACUCUGACCACAGUGUGAUGAUGACAAAAAUGGCCAGUCUGCCUCAUACUGUGAGUCUGCAGAUGAGAAUGAGGCUGCAGCUCCUCUACCUCACAGCGGGGAUGAAAACGAGGAGAACAAAGGCGUGAUGAUGAAAAUAAAACACAACAGAUGGACGGACAGAGACGAGUACAAAGGGAAGAUGGAUGGAUGAGAAACUUCAUCAAGAAAGGGAGAAUGCCUCGAAUAUUUCUUUUCAUAUAAUGCACAGUUGAUUCAGUAUUAGGCGAUAUCAAUAUUAAUCUUUCAGGCUCAGUUCUUCAGGCUAAUGUUCCUCGUUAAGAGCUCAUUGGCAGGCAGCUCUGGUUUCAACUCAUAAGAAAAGUGAAUAAGAAAGCACUUGCGCUGUUUCUUUUAAGAUAGUUCACCCUUUAAAGGACUUUCUGGUCAGUUUUAGUUGGUUUUUGACAAAAAGAAACAUCCAAAUGUGCACAGAAACUUGUAAUUGGCUCAUCUUCCUGCUGCUUAACACAUCUUUCCAGUGUUUUUCACAGUUUGGCCUCUUCACACCUGCCAUUGAUUUGUGUCAUUCUAAUUUUACAUCACUCCAGUUUUAGCAGCCAGUCGAUAGGUUUCUGUUUAUCUACAGCACUUCAAAGAGGAGCUCCACAUUCUGGGAAAUAGGCUUAUUCAGUUUCAUUUAGGGGAAUUAGAUGAGAAGAUUAAUACAACUCUCUCUUGUCUGAACAAUAAAUAUAAAGCAAGCCUUGCUAGCUUCCUGUCGGCAAUUACCUUAGCAUAGCAUAAACGACUGAAAGCGGAGGAUCCUAACUCUUUAAAGCUAAUUUAUCAACACAUUAUUAUAUAUUAGUUUUAAUGUGUGCGCUAACAAAUGUGAAAAUGACUUGCUAAGUUUCCAGGAACUCACUGCACCCGGGCAGAAAGUUCCAGCCCUUAACUCUUUUUUUUUUUAUAUCUCUGUUGGUGUUCAAACACUCCAGAUAAAACGUGUUACUUACUAAAGUUAUGGAGUUCUGUUUGGCCUUCAGUUUAAACAUUUAUUUAAGAGCCAGGCUAGCUGUUUCUCCCUGAUUUAAGUCUUUAUGCUAAGCUAAGCUAAUUGACGCUGGCUGAAAAAAAUGAAUAAAUCAAAUGAAAGUAUAUUUCCCAGUAUAGAUUGUAAUGAUGUAACUGAUUGGCUACGACAGCACCACCUCCACCAUGAAAAUGAUUACAUCAUAUUUUUGAGUCUUUUCAUCUGAAGGAAUAUUGAGGGAACCUGAAGAAUUAGCCAUUUUGAUUAAUAGCGCCACCGGCCUCUCUUUCUGAGUGUACUAUUGAUCAUCCAGUCUGCUUCAGGUGGAGUCUCUUCACUUUGAAGUGCAACAGCUAAAAGGGACUUCCACAGUUUUGUACUGUAGUGUUAAACAAUAUGACAUUUCUAUUUGCACUUGAUGUCACUUGCAGCUAUUUGCCUCCCUCCUUGUAAACAGUCAGUUCAGAUCAAUUUGUGGACCCAAAAUGAAGUGAGUAAAAGCCACCCAUAAUAAUUCAAUGCAAAUGAAACUGUGUUGCUACGUUUUACUGCUGUUCCAGUGCAUGAACAUUUUGUGCUGUGGCAAUUUAGAAGAAAGCAAUUACAGCUUGAAUUUCAGGUCCAACAAUGAAUCGAAGCCAGUGUAGCCUACAAUAAAAGUUGACAGACCAAAUCUCCUCAUGUUAAUGGGUUGCAGAUGAAUCAUGUAUUCAGUGUGGUUCCAUCAUAUGUCAGGAUGUUGGCGAAUUCUCAAGAUUGGAGUGAAUUGGCUUGUUUUUUUUCUUAUUCCUUCCCCUGUUGACCUCAUUGGAUUUGUGACUGUUGCUUAGUGUUUUCAGUGUGUCCUAUAAAAUAAUAUGGAAAAAUGGAUAUAACAGCAAUAUAAACUGUCCAUACAGAUGCUGACAAUGGAAAGAUGAGUUUAUCCUUGAGUUCGGUUGCGUCAGAGCAGCCCUCAAAAAGCCUGAGCUCCAGCUUUCUGAAGGGAAAAUAAAAAAUAAAUGCUGCAGAAAUAAUUCACAUCUCAAGCUUGGCAAGGGCACACUGUUAAUAUAUUUAUGUCUGUUUCGAUUGGUGUGUAGAAAAAAAUAAAGUAUUUUUGCAGCAGAA